AUCUAAAUUCAUCAUGAUCAACCUAGAGUUAAUCAAACAGUCUGCAUGGGGAUCUGGUGGAGCUCUACUCAACUUGUAAUAAGUGGCUGUGGUCUGGGGUCAUGAAAAGAACUGAAUGAUCUGUGUGACUGUUGCUGUUCCAACAGGUGGGUUGACUUAGCACCGUUAUUAUCACCUCAGAGCACAGUCACUGAACACUGUCCUAGAAGACUUCUCCGGUGGUGGGAGACCACUGAAGCAGAGCUGAUGGCCACAUGGUGCUGGGCAGAGGUGAUAUUUAGAGACCAAGAAGAAAGAGAAUGAGAGAGAGACAGAAUGAAUGAGAGAAAAAGAUGGAUAGACAAACAGAGGGAGAGAGAAACUUUUCUCAGCCUCUGUGACCAUGUCAUUCUGAUGUCACUUGAAGGUCAGUAACCAGGCCUGGAGGCCGGGAAGGGCAUGCCUCAGUGUUGGGAUCAUAGAACUGAGACUCACCCUGUUCUGCACCCUUAAGUCCCCAGAAAUACCACCUCUUAUUUAAUACAACCGCCUGAAAUCACUUCAGCAGGCAGCGAGGCCAGCAUUCUGGACAUGAAACCUUUGAAAAUCAAGACCUACCUCAUCCCAAACAUACCCUUCCCCUGGCCGGGCCUGUCAUCUACGCAACAAACAUCUUGACAAUGAGGAUUGCAGAAGUGUAACACUGACAGGGUUGGAGGACGACCAGGUUGACGAGGUACCAGUCGACAGGUAAACAGGGCAACAGAUCAUCCAGCAUGGUGGGAAGGAGACGCGGCUCCAGAGCCACCAGGGGGUCACAGAAGCCCCAACAGCAAAGCACGGGGGGACCCCGCAAGAGGCUGAGAGAGCCAGCAUUAUUUGCCAAGGAAGCAGGAUAUGAGUCGGAGGUCCCUCAUGAAAAGCUGACCAUCGCCCAAGCCAAGAGAGGCACACCAGCAAUCCGGCCGGUCCGAGUCUAUGCUGAUGGGAUCUUUGACCUCUUCCACUCUGGACAUGCUCGCGCUCUGAUGCAAGCCAAGAACCUGUUCCCCAACACACAUCUCAUAGUGGGAGUCUGCAGUGAUGAACUCACACACCGGUAUAAGGGCUACACGGUGAUGACAGAGUCUGAGCGCUACGAAGCCCUGAUACACUGUCGCUAUGUGGAUGAGGUGGUACGGGACGCUCCCUGGACCCUCAGCCCUGACUUCCUGAAGAUACAUAAGAUUGACUUUGUAGCGCAUGAUGAUAUCCCAUACACGUCUGCUGGAUCAGAGGAUGUCUACAAACACAUCAAGGAAGCAGGGAUGUUCGUGGCCACACAGAGGACAGACGGCAUCUCUACAUCUGACCUCAUCACCAGGAUAGUGAGAGACUACGACCUCUAUGUCCGACGUAACCUGCAGAGAGGCUACACAGCCAGUGACCUCAACGUUAGCUUCAUCAGGGAGAAGAAAAUCCGUCUUCAAAACCAGGUGGAUCGUAUGAAGGAGACGGUAAAGACAGUAGAGGAGAAGUCCAAGCACUUUGUGCACUCGGUGGAAGAGAAGAGCCAAGACCUCAUCCACAAGUGGGAGGAGAAGUCCCGGGAGUUCAUUAGUAAUUUCCUGGAGUCUUUUGGUCCAGGUGGAGCGUGGCAUGUGAUCCAGGAGAAAAGUGGACGCAUGCUCCAGGCUCUGUCACCCUACGCAUCGCCCGUCGCCUCGCCCCGUGGCUCCCCCAGCAGCAGCCCCACCAGAGGGCGCUCCCCAUCGCCUCCCUCCUCUCAAUCCCCUCGUUCUCCUCGUUCCUCCGCCACCUACCCCAAGGGUGCCUCUGCCCAUCCCUCAACUUCCCUCAGCAGCAUGAGUGAGGGGGAUGACGACGAGAAAUAGAGACAGCACUGUCCCUCAAACACUCAGUGUACAGGUAACUGCCGAAAUAAAGGAAACACUUGAAGAAACACUUGACUAAAUGAGAGAUACAGGACAAGGGAAGCUUGGUCUUUACAUCCUCAAAGACAUGCUUCUGUCAGCUGUAACUAUUUUGAAUGUGUCAAUAAUCAUGUGUAUUUCAAACAUAGACAAAGAUAGAUUCAGAUUUUUGACUUUGUAGAUGUAACUGCCAAAAUAAAGGAAACAUUUGAGUAAAUGAGGGAUACAAAGUAUAUUGAAAGCAGGUGCUUCCACACAGGUGUGGUUCCUGUGUAUAUUAAACAAUUAGCAUCCCAUCAUUCUUAGGGUCAUGUAUAAAAAUUCCCAGUUGCCCAUUAUGUUGGCUAACAUGGCUAGAAGAAAAGAUUUCAGUGACUUUGAAAGAGGAGACUCAAAGUAGCAUAGAGGGUUUAAAUGGUGUGUGGGUGUGUCUCAGUCAUCUGAUCUCAAACCAAUUGAACACUUAUGGGAGAUUCUGGAGCGGUGCCUGAGCCAAUUUUCCGCCACCAUCAACAAAACACCAAAUGAUGGAAUUUCUCAUGGAGGAAUGGUGUC